UCUUCUUCGCUAUGAUGUCGGAAAAGACAUGGACAACGACAUUCCUAGAAAACCACUUCUAUGAGCACGCGCAACGACUCCAUAAAUGAAGAGCUAGAGAAACGCGCGCAGUCUGAUGCUUCAAACUGGAUUCUCUACAUUGACAUGACAGUAAUAGUUCCAGGUAUGGUGUGGUCUCUUCUGAUGGGAGGAUGGUCAGAUAAACACGGAAGAAAACUGUUACUACUGGCACCUCUAGUGGGCUACAGUAUUGAAGCUUUUCUGUUUCUUGUCAUUAUGAAAUGUAACUUGGCCAUUGCGUAUCUGUUUAUUGGGAAUGCGAUUGCGGGUAUUACGGGAGGAAUGACAACGUUGUUUGCUGCCUUGUAUUCGUACAUGACUGAUAUAACAAAUCCUGUCAACAGAACUGCAAGAAUGGGGAUCUUUGUCGGAAUGCUUUUUGUGGGUGGUGGUAUUGGUAGACUACUGGCAGGUAUUAUAUUGGACCACGUUGGUUCUUAUGCUGUGGAAGGAACUGCAUUGGCAUGUUACAUUAUUACUGCUUUGUAUGUUACUUUGCUGAUGGAUCAUUCAUCGUCUAUCACCGCAACAGAAGAAUCGACAACAGAAGAAUUGACGACAGAAAGCGUGACGAGUGAAGGAACAACAGAGACUAUGAACAGUGAUGAUGAUGAUGAAAAGUUAUUGUCCGAUGAUAAACUUUGCAGUAUUAAAGGUUUUAUUGAAACAAUGAAGGUGUUUAAGAAGAGAAAUCGUCUAAAGCCAUCUUGGUGUCUUGUGGUGCUUAUCAUAACGGAUGGCAUCUAUGUACUUGUUUAUAAUGGCUAUCCUGCUGUGCAAUAUUUGUAUUUUCUUGGAUAUCCAUUGUGCUGGAGUUCAAGCGUUAUUGGAUAUUAUCUAGGUCUGUUCUAUUUGGUUGGAUUUUUGGGUUCAACCGUGAUUCUCACUUUCUUGAACAAAGUCCUGCAUUUGCGAGACACAACAAUCAUUCUACUGGCGUCAUCUACAUGGAGUGCUUCAUUUGUACUAGAGGCAUUUGCCACAUCAACUUGGGCAAUGUUUUUAGUUCCUGUUGUCAGCAUACUGAAUGGGACCAUUCCUCCAGCUUUGCUAAGUCUGAUGUCUGGGUGUGUACGAGACACUCACCAUGGAGCACUCUUCUCGAUUGUAUCGUCUUUUGAGACACUGUGCUCAGUAAUUUCUGAGUUGGUUUUCAACCCACUUUAUGCUGCUGUCAAUAGGGAAAACAUUAACUUUCUUCCAAGUUCAGGAGCAAUCGUUUUUCUUGUAACAGCUGUGCUUAUUCUCUUAUCUCUAGUUUUGAUGACGGUUUUUCAUUUUUCGAAAGCAGAUGUGGUUUUAACACAUCCAAGGAAGGGCAGCAGACUGAUGAGUGAGAGUGAAGGUGGAGAUGAAACAGACUUGUAAAUUUCAUGUAAGUCUCGUUUUAGGCCGUUAAACUGUUUUGUUUACACAAUAUGUAACAUUUGCAGCUACCAUGUUGCUCAACUUGUAGACUUUAAUUUAGACUAUUAAAUGUAUUCCAGACAUUUGACAUUGGAAAGAGGACCGGAUUCCUUGCUCUAUGCUCAGCUCUGUAAAUAUAUUCUCCAACUUGCAUGCAUGUUACAGUACAUUUCUUGGCAAACACAGAUGGCACUCUGACUGCAUCUCUCUGCCUCUGCCUUUGUGUGCAUACUUUGUUUCACUAGCAUGUGUAAUGGGUUUAAUAGAAAAUUUGUCAUUCCUGGUUCAUGCCAAGUAGGCCUGAGCCAUACCGUAUAACCGGUCAUUUCUGCGAUCACGAUAUUUUCUCGAAUUCUGCGAAGAAAUCAUGGAGUGCACAAAUAAAAUUUGCAUGUAUUUAUGUCUAUCCUCGGAGUCCCAGGAAGUCACUGUUCCCACACAUUUAGAUGUGUGUACAUGCACCAGUAAUUGUCAUUAUGGUUGGAACACAGAAAUUUAAUUCGCAGUAAUUAGAUCUUUUGUCUAAUUUCUCAAAUUGCAGUAAUUUAAGACCGCAGAAAUAAUCAGUUAGAUGGUAUUCUCUAGUUAGUUGAACUCAUCGAUCUUCUCCAUUAUGGGAGUGCUCAUCUUUGUUGCCGAUUUGUUGUGUAUUGAGCUAACAAAGCAAGACAAUACAACCAACAUGCAGACAACGUUUAUGAAACUAAAUUAUGAGGGUAUUUUCUACUAGUGAUACCCAUGUAGUUUACUGUGUUAACAGCAGGCAUGAAAGCACCAGUGUAUGAAGUUAAGGCAGUACACAGAGCCAUAUGUGCAGCUCUGGCAAUACAGAACCUUAAAUUGAAGAAACGACUUAGGGAGUAUCAAAUAUCCCAAAUUAAUUAAGUUGAUGUCUGGGCAUCAUUUUGUGUCUAACUGUGACUGUGUUGAUAUUGCUAAAAGUUAUUUUUUCUACU